GAUUGGAGGUGUCGGACAGAGAGGGAGGUGAAGGGAUGGGGACGGAUGGCAAGGGAGGGAGAGUGAGGGGGAGCUGUCUCCUUCCUCCUGUUUGGGUUUCUAAAGAGGCAGAGGGGGAGGGAGAUGGACUGAUUCGGACUCCCUCCAACUCCCAUCGAAUCUGCAGAUUUGCAAUCCACCCGAUUUGGGGGGUUUGAGAGGGAUUUGAGUGGCUGUUUACAUUAAAUUAAAUGUAAUUACAAAAUUAACCUUAAUUUUUUUUAUUAUAUACUUCUCCAUUACAAGUUUAAAGGGUAAGUUUGUAAAUUUAAAAUUAAUUUAAAUCAUUCCCUUCCUUCCUUUCCUUUUACCUUAACUAUCCAAACAUAAAAUAAUACAAUUCUU